AUGCAGGACAGUCAUUAUGGAUUAUUGAUUAUUGUGUUUCUGCUGCAGAUCAACUGUUUACACUCAGUUUACAUCAGUGACGACACAGGUUCUCUCCAUCAGGUUCUGUCAGAGUUCGGUGUCGUUCGUCCAAUCAGGACUGACUCAGAGGGGCGUUUCCUGUCGGCAUCAGUCUCUGCCCACCACCUGCGCCGCAGAAAAAGACACGCCCACCACGCAGAGGACACACACACUGACGUGGACGAUGUCAGAAUCAAAAGACAAUCUCAAAUUAACACACCCACAUUAUCUCUGGCCCCGCCCACAGAAGAAUCAUCAUCUAACCAGACAGGCUACAGCUGGAAGGGGCGGGGUUACAGGGCCGAGGAGGUGGAGCUUUACUACAACGUGACGGUGUUUGGUCAGGAACUCCACCUGCGGCUGCGUCCAAACUCUCGUCUUGUCGCCCCCACCGCCACCGUGGAGUGGGAGGAGUCAGGACAUCUUCACUCUCAGCCAAUAGGAGACACCAGCUGCUUCUACACAGGGGAGGUGUCAAACAUGGAGGACACAUCUGUCGCCAUCAGCAACUGUGACGGACUGGCAGGGAUGAUCCAAACAGGUGAGGAGGAGUUCUUCAUUGAGCCGUUGGAUCGAAGGAAGAAGGAGGAGGAGGAGGAGGAAGGAGGACGACAGCACAUCGUUUAUCGCUCCUCAGCCAUCAAGAAAAAGCCAGCUGUCAAUCAAACUGAAGCUGUCAAUCAAACUGAAGCUGUCAAUCAAAGUACUGAUGACUUCCUCCGAGGUCCUCUUUUAGGUUCUCUGAACUUGAACCAGAACCUGCUGUGGUCAGCGUCCGGCUCAGCUCGACGACGGCGCUACAUUGAGGAGGCUGAGCUAUUCAACAUCGAGGUCUUGUUAGCGGUGGAUUACUCUGUUCUUCUUUUCCACGGCCGAGAUAACAUUCAGAAAUACCUUCUGACCCUGAUGAACAUAGUUAAUGAGAUCUAUCAGGAUCAUUCUUUGGGCGCCAACAUCAAUGUAGUCCUGGUCAGGAUCAUCAUGCUGUCACCAACAAAGUCCCAGGAGCUGAUCUCUGUGGGGAACCCUCAGAAGAGUCUGGAGAACGUUUGUGGCUGGUCGUACCUCCACCAGAGGGAGCAGAGUCACGCCGAGCAGCACGACCACACCAUCUACCUGACCAGGCAGGAGUUCGGCCCCUCCGGCAUGCAGGGUUAUGCUCCUGUCACAGGAAUGUGUCACUUACAUCGGAGUUGUGUCCUGGUCUUGGAGGACGGUUUUUCCUCGGCCUUCGUAGCUGCACAUGAAACAGGACACGUGUUGGGUAUGGAGCAUGACGGUGAGGCGAAUAACUGUGCUGACGACGUGCCGUUGGGCAGCAUCAUGUCUCCGCGGGUUCAGGCCACUUUCCAUCGAUACCACUGGUCCAGGUGCAGCUGGAGGGAGCUGCACCAGUACCUGCAUUCGUACGACUGUCUCCGUGACGACCCGUUUAACCACGAUUGGCCGUCUCAGCCUCAGUUGCCAGGGUUUCAGUACUCAAUGGACCAACAGUGUCGCUUCGACUUUGGACCAGGAUACAGUCUCUGUACUGCAUACACUACCCUUGACCCCUGUAAACAGCUGUGGUGCAGCGACUAUAACAACCCGUUCUUCUGUAAGACCAAGAAAGGUCCGCCGCUUGACGGGACCAAGUGCGGCCCAGGGAAGCACUGCUUCAAAGGUUUCUGCAUGAAGUUGACCCCUGACCUCCUGAGACAAGAUGGCGGCUGGGGAUCGUGGAGUUCAUAUGGCAGCUGCUCCAGGACCUGUGGGGGCGGGGUCAGGUUUCGGACCAGACGCUGCGACAACCCAGCUCCAGCCAACGGGGGGCGCACCUGCUUCGGAAACAGCUACGAGUUCCAGCUGUGCAGCCACGAGGAGUGUCCGCCACUGACUGACUUCAGGGAGGAUCAGUGUAAAGUCUGGAAUCCAUUUUUUGAACAUGAAGGACGGAAACAUCACUGGUUGCCAUACCAACACCCUGACCCUGAUGAGCGAUGUCGUCUGUACUGUCAGUCGAAGGAAACAGCGGCAGUGGUUUCCAUGAACAGAAUGGUGCAUGAUGGGACACCAUGUUCCUAUGGCGACGACUACAGCGUGUGCGUCCGAGGAGAGUGUGAGCAUGUAGGUUGUGAUGGACAGAUCGCUUCAGACCAGCAGGAGGAUCGAUGUGGAGUCUGUGGAGGAGAUAACUCCAGCUGCAAGAUCAUCAAAGGAAACUUCACCCGCAGCACCAAGAAAGAAGGUUACCUGAAGAUCCUAGAGAUCCCUAAAGGAGCGCGACACCUGCUGAUCCAGGAGUUCAAAGGGACUCCUCACAUCCUGGCGGUAAAGAACCAGGAGACAGGUCACCUCUUCCUCAACGAUGAAGACGAGCUCCCAGAAUCCCGUGUGGUGAUCGAGAAGGGUGUCGCAUGGGAGUACAACCACACGGAGGAGCAGGAAUCCAUCGUGACCACGGGACCGCUGAAGUAUGGAGUCCUGGUCAUGGUCCGUUCCCAUGGUGACUCCAAGGUGACGGUUUCCUAUAAGUACAUUAUCCAGGACCGCCUCCAGUCCUCACUGGAGUCGAACCUGGUGCAGGAGGACGCCAUUUUCUACGAGUGGGCGCUGAAGAAGUGGUCGCACUGCUCCAAACCCUGUGGUGGAGGGAAACAGUACACAAGGUUUGGCUGCAGGAGAAAGGCUGAUGGGAAAAUGGUUCACAGGAUGUUCUGCUCCAACAUCAACAAACCAAGAGCCAUCAGCCGCAGCUGCAACACGGAAGCCUGCAGCUCUCUACGCUGGGUGACUGGAGACUGGGAGGACUGCAGCGCCUCCUGUGGUCAGACCGGGUGGCAGCGUCGCUGGGUGAGCUGCCAACAGGAGUCCAGCCCGGGGAAACAGCAGCGCUCGGUGCACAGCAAGCUCUGUCAGGACGAGCGUCCGGACGGGAAACGCACCUGCAAUCGCUUCCCCUGCCCUGCCGUGUGGCGAGCUGGGCCCUGGACGCCGUGUUCAUUAUCUUGUGGAAAUGGGACUCAGGAGCGUCAGGUUGCGUGUUCGAGUCCCGAGGGUUCAGCUGGAAACUGCAGCGAACCGCGACCAAUCAGAACGCGCACCUGCCAGGCUCCGCCCUGUAGCGGCGACCAGAAGAACGCCAUCAUCCAGUGGCUGUCCAGGUCCAACCCAGACUUCCCAGCUGCAAAGACCUCCUCCAGGCAGCGUUGCCGUGGUGACCGGUCGGUGUUCUGUCGGAUGGAGGUGUUAAGUCGGUACUGCGCCAUCGCCGGAUACCGGCAGAUGUGCUGCAAAUCCUGCAGCGAGGGAAACUUCAACAACUCUGAGAACUUCAGCAACUUCAGUAGCACGAGUCUGCCGACCGCCAGCAGCAGCUCAGGGAUUGUGACCAUGGACACAAUGACGUCAGCAUCCCCAUCCACCUGGUCUGACAGCAGCCACAUCAACAGUGACAUCAUAACUGACCUCAUCAGCACUUCACAUCCCAGCUUCAGUGUAACCCCGCCCCCCAGCAGCAGGAGCAGCACCGACUUCAUCUAUGUGGAUUAUGACGAUUACGUUGAGUACUCGUCAUACGAGGAUCCGUCAGUUAACUCAGAGACCACAGAUAUCAUUCCAAGUACUCCUACUACUACCACCACUACUACUACUACUACCACUCCUAUUACUACCACAACUACCACUACUACUACUACUACUACUCCUACUACUACUACAAGGCGUCCAAGAAAAACUGCUCCACCACAUCUAUUCAAGAAGAAAACUACCACUCCCACAAUGCCCCCUGCUAACUUUCCUAUGGUAACUAUUGAUGGUCCAACUCUGUCGCCGUCGUUCCCCCUCACAACAGCAGCUGAUACAGAUGACAUCAUCACGUCCACAUCAUCAGGAGGGCGGAGUCUUCAAACUGAAAUUAAUCUGACAGAAACCGAACCAAUGCCGACAUCUUUGUCCUCCUUCUUCCCACUCUUGAAGAAGGAGAACAACUCGGUAGACGAGGUCCCGUACCGGAUCGUGGGACUGGACGGGGACAUCACCAGAGGACAGCAGAACUACUUUGUGCCGCGGAUGCCACCGUUCCGCGAGCGGACACAAAACAAACGUAUCCAGGAGCUUCUGAAUGAGAAAAGACGUCAGGACCUUCUGAAGAGGACGAGCAGGAGCAGAGAGGGCCGGACUGACCGGAGACAACCUGGAUUAUCAAAACACUAAAGUCCUCCUGUUCAGUUCAGUUUAUUGUUCACUUAUGAUGUCGCAUGUGCAGCUUGCUCAUUUUCUGCUAACGCUAACAGAAACAGACUGCAGAGCCGAGGACACGACAAACAGUUGACUCAAUGCUUACCUUCAUGUUUCCUACAGUUUACAGUUAUUACCUCUCAUUAAAGCUCACUGUCCUAAAGUCAAAGUCUGUAGGCUGAAGUCUGAAAGCUGAAGGUCUGAGGUCUGAAGACUGAAAGCUGAAGGUCUGAGGUCUGAAGACUGAAAGCUAAAAGCUGAGGUCUUAAGUCUGAAGUCUGAAAGCUGAAGUCUUAAAGCUGAAGGUCUGAGGUCUGAACUCAGAAUGAGGAAACUUUUGCUUCAAACUCCUGGUCUGUUUGGGUUUCACUGGUUUUCACAGUCAUGAUGUUUGUACCAAAUAAUCCUGUUUCUAAAUAAAGCAAAGUGU